ACCAAAGCUCCUCCUCUGCCGUAGGAGAGCACAAACCGGUCACAUUUUUUUUGCUGAAUGAGAGCAAGAGGGCACGGGAGAGGAUUUCCUAAUUUCUAUCUGGUGCUGUGCCGUGCGGCUGUUUCCUCGCCUCUGUUCAAGCAGAGGCUAAUAUGAGGACAUCAUUUGGCAAACCAGACCCUGGAAAGCACCUGCAAUCUUUUCCCCUUGUUUGAAACUGAAGACAACAUCAUGUGUUGUCCCUGGUAAAACCCGCCCAGACAUUCAGAGUGAGGACCCCACGCGCUGCUCAGACAUGGUCUCAGAUCAACCCGGCAUGCAUUCACUAGAGAAAAGGCCGGCGUCGGACGCCGCCUGCAAGCGGCACGCCUACCGCUGUCUGAGGAAGAAGUUGAGGCCAGUGCGGAUCGUAGGGUUCGUCCUCAGCCUGGUGGCCCUAAGUGCUGUCUCCUUCAGUGCCUUCACCUGGAACUCAAGGGGGGUCAGUGAGCCGGUGCUCCCCCACGAGUCGGCCCCCCACAGGACUCUUCUUUCCACCCAACACCAGAGGGACGCCAAUGUCUCAGCCGACAUGCCACUAGCCAUGAAAUCUACAGCAGGGAACAACGAGAGCAGUGGGGAUUACCCUCCAGACCUUUUCACCCUUCAGGAGAGGCGCCAAGGAGCGGUGGUCCUCCACAUGUUCGGAAUGAUCUACAUGUUCAUCGCCUUAGCCAUAGUGUGCGACGAGUUCUUCGUCCCUGCGCUGACCGUCAUCACGGAGAAGCUGACCAUUUCCGAUGACGUAGCGGGCGCCACCUUCAUGGCAGCUGGCGGCUCGGCCCCAGAGCUCUUCACCUCCAUUAUCGGGGUCUUCAUCUCACACAGCAACGUGGGCAUCGGGACCAUUGUAGGCUCGGCCGUCUUCAACAUCCUCUUUGUGAUUGGGAUGUGCGCCAUCUUCUCCAAGGAGAUCCUCAACCUGACAUGGUGGCCCCUGUUCCGCGACGUCUCCUUCUACAUCCUGGAUCUGAUAAUGCUCAUCAUCUUCUUCCUGGAUAACUUCAUCUCCAUUUGGGAAAGUAUAGCGCUGCUGUCCGCUUACGCCGCCUACGUGAUCUUCAUGAAGUGCAACAGCACGGUGGAGAGAUUUGUCAAGGGUUGCAUGCACAAGAACCAAGUGGUAGAAGUAGAAGUACAGCCAAAGGAUGAGAAGACAAUUCCUGUGACGCCAGAGGAUGAAAGCAAGUUGUCGGCCCGGCCUCGGCUUCAGAGGGGGGGGAGCUCCGCCUCCCUGCACAACAGCCUGAUGAGGAACAGCAUCUUCCAGCUCAUGAUCCACACGUUGGACCCUUUAAGUGAAGAAUUUGCUGACUCUGAGCUUGGGACUUAUGGGAAACUAAAAUAUUAUCACUCAAUGACUGAGGAAGGUAAAUUCCGAGAGAAGGCAUCCAUCCUUCAUAAGAUCGCUAAAAAGAAAUGCCAAGUGGAGGACAGUGAGAAGGCCAACGGAGUGGCCAGUCGCUCUGAUAAAAACCUCCCCAACAGCUCCAGUGUGGAAGUGGAAGUGACGCCACCCAUGAACGGCACUGCAGUUCAAGAAGGUCAAGAAACGGCUGAGGACGAGGAGGAGGACGACCAGCCUCUGAGCCUGUCCUGGCCCGACUCCUGCCACAAGCGCAUCACGUACCUCCUCAUCAUUCCCAUCGUCCUCCCACUGUGGUUAACGCUGCCCGACGUCAGGAAGCCGACUGCCAAAAGAUUCUUUCCCAUCUCCUUCAUCGGUGCCAUCUGCUGGAUUGCAGCAUUCUCCUACUUAAUGGUGUGGUGGGCUCACCAGGUUGGAGAGACCAUCGGGAUUACGGAGGAGAUUAUGGGCCUGACUAUAUUAGCAGCUGGAACGUCCAUCCCUGACCUCAUUACCAGUGUCAUCGUGGCACGCAAGGGGCUGGGGGAUAUGGCUGUCUCCAGCUCCGUCGGCUCCAACAUCUUCGACAUUACAGUAGGACUGCCGUUCCCCUGGCUCUUGUGGUCCUUUAUCAACAACAUGUCUCCGGUGAAAGUCAGCUCCAACGGCCUCUUCUGCGCCAUUGUGCUCCUCUUCAUCAUGCUCCUCUUCGUCAUCAUCUCCAUCGCCGCCUGUAAGUGGCGCAUGAGCAAGAUGCUGGGCUUCAUCAUGUUCAUGCUGUACUUCGUCUUCCUGGUGCUCAGCGUCAUGCUGGAGGACAAGGUCCUCACCUGUCCCGUGUCCAUCUGAAGAGCUACUUCCUGUCCCUCGUCACCGCCACAACCACCACCGACACCACCACCUUCCAUGUCUGCCAUCGCCCCCCCCCCACGACCCGUGUGAUACUUUACUCCAGGAAUAAAAUAAGAAGAAGGACGACAGGACAAGAAAAAUAAUACAAAACAUUUUCAAAAAGAGCAGGUGGUGGUGGGGGCGGGGUUGAAAAUGGCACAAGACUUUGGCUUGGCUGGUUUAGCAUAGUGGAUUUUUAUUUUGUAUUAUUAUUUAAUUGGCAGGUGGGGGGGGGGGCGAGUUAUGGGUCUAUCAGCCAAAUAUAGAAGCAUUAUAUGCAUGCCAUUAGUGUCACUAGACGAGCUGAAAUCAAGGCCACGCCUGGUAGGUUGAGGAGAAUGACCUCCUGUGAACUUUGGGGAGGCGGGGGGGCGCUGUAUUAAACUCUUAAUAAUAAAUGCAGUAGCUGAGCUGACAUUGUGAGCACAUUUGACCACACACAAAAGACGCUGAUACCAGGAGUGGAGAGGAGUUUGAGGAGACGGCAGCCUGUGAGGUCAAACGUGGCGUUGAGCUAAAAGACUCGAAAAGGAGGAAGCACUCUCACUGGGCAGACAAACGUUCUUAUUUUUGCAAUUUCAUCAUGCGCCCAGUCUGCUUUGAAGCUUCCCUCACCCCUGCUGGACGUCAUUCUUCACCACUGAAUGUCUCUUCAGAGGAUUCUUCUUCUUUCUUUUUUUGGAUUCAUUUUCAUGAAAUAUAUAGAAGUAGCACUAGAUGUACUGUAGCAGUAUUAGGUAAAGUAGAGCCAUCUUGACAAUCUGCUCCUCUUUUUGUUCUUUUGCCACUGAACACACGUUCUGAUUGUGCAGUACUUUCCAUGCUUCACACGCACCGACUUACAAAAGAAAAAAAUUAAAUUGAAGUUUUAGCCUCCCAAAAUAUAUGCUAGCCUUCAAUAUCUUUCACUGGUUGAAAAAAAAAAGGCAUGAGUAAUUUAGGAUCAUUAAAGCUCCGUAAUGAAGUCAAUGUCAAAAUAAUACAUUUGAAAAAAAAAUGAACAGUGUUUAAGCGUCAUGGUUGAUUUAGAUUAGUCAAUGUGUAGUGCUUUGUUCACAGUAGAACUGGGCUCAACUCACCGGCUAGUCACGCUCCUGCGCUCGUAGUUAAAGGAGUCAACUGCAUGUUAAAAUAGACACUUGGAGGUGAAUUAUACCAAUCAACAUUUAAGAAGAUGUAUACCAAAAUGUAUACUUUUUCAGACAUGUUCAUAACUUCUUAAUGCAAUCCAGUGCUCAGUCUCUAUGUAGAAAGUGUCAACAUGUAUGGUCAAUGAUAUCUAUCAAACUUGUGCAAUUUAUUUUCUAAUCCAAGGUGCUUUUGUGUGCAUGUGUGCAAACUGCAUUUAAAGUCAUCACACAAUGACCAUUCCUUAUAUUUAUCUAUGACUAGAGGUUAUACUACCAGUAUUUUGCGACUAACUGCAAAGAAAAAGAAAUACACCAAACUGUGUUUUAUACUGGAAAUAGAAAUCAUAAUCACUCCUUAAGCUACAUAGACUGUGGAAAUCACAAAUGUAACAGCAAUAUUGUGUGUGUGUGUGUGUGUGUGUGUGUGUGUGUGUGUGUGUGUGUGUGUGUGUGUGUGUGUGUGUGUGUGUGUGUGUGUGUGUGUGUGUGUGUGUGGAGAAUCAUCCUCCCCCUCCCUUAGUGUCUGUCCUUCCUGUCUGACGUGGGCAACAUUUCUCUGACCCCCAUCCUAUAGAGCUGGUCAGAAACACCCUCUUUACCUCAACACAGCCUCUGUACAGCAGUGUAAUGACUGUAACAUAAUAGUAAAUAGAUUCUCUGAAUGUGUGAGGGGAAAUGCAUGCGAGGAAUUUGGGCUGGUUACCCACUGACUGUACAGCUGAGCUUAGACCAACGAUAUAAUGUUCACUUUUAUGCAUCCAUUCAUUAAGAAACACCAAGAACACAUUGGUUUUACUUUGUAAAUAUACACAGAACCACACAUGUAGUUUAUUUAUUUUCUUCUCUUUUUUUGACAUAGUGAGUGGAGAAGGACAAUGAUAAGGCCCUUAGUAUUAUUGAGCAACAUCUCAUUAGCAUACUUUACACUGUAAACUGUUCAGGUUCAGGUUAGAGAACAACAUCUACACAACAGUAGGUAUUUGUGAUGUUUUCUGACAAAGAUUGCAAAUGGUAAAAGUAAGCUAUGAUCUCUGUCAACUCAUAUGUUAAACUGUUACGUGUGCAUGCUCUCGUAUCUCCAUUUCCACAGCCCAGACCCUAAGAAACAAAAUGGCCUCUAUGAUGAUUUAUGAAAUUCUUCUGCAUACGUUAAGGACGUUAAAACGUUAAUGUGUUCACACCUCAGCUUGAGUUUUUACUCAAGGGUUCAAUUUUGGGGGGAAAAGCACUUCUUUUGCUUUCUCGCAGAGCGCUAAAUGAUAAGAUGGAUGCCUUUUUUCAUGUCAGUGCGAUAAAUCUACUGAUCUAGAAGCAACGCCCAAAGGUAACAAAAUCCACCUACAAAGCACAUCUAAAGCUAAAAAACAAAGU